AUGACUGUCCAACAGCCUCCUGUAACGCUAGCUCUGCUCGGUGACACGAUCAUAGAGUACUACGGCAAUGCCCAUGGUCCUAACCCGGCUGCUUCUUCUUCGGCGACCAAGUCUGCCCUCAACACGCUGUUCAACAACUACGUAGAGGCUGGUGCGCAGGACAAGGACAUUGUUGGAGUUGAAGGAACAAUGCAAUACUUUACGGAGGUUGAGGUGGACGCCGAAGGCCUGGAUGCUUUGGUUGCUCUGGAGAUCGUGCAGGCGCCAACGAUAGGCGAAAUGAGCCGCGAAGGCUUCGUGAAUGGCUGGAGUGAGCGCAACUGCGACACAGUCGAUAAGCAGAAGAGGUACAUCAAGACUCUCAAACGCGACAUGCCCGGCAACAAAGAUCUCUUCACCAGAGUAUACAAGUACACUUUCCCCAUUGCCAAGACGGCGGGUCAGAAGGCUGUGGCACUCGAAGUUGCCCUCGUAUACUGGGAUUUGCUCUUCAGUUCACCCCUUUCCGCAGUCAAGUGGUCAAGCUCCAACACGCCAUGGCUGACUUGGUGGUCUGAGUUCCUCACCGAGUCGUACAAGAAGAGCGUCAACAAAGACAUGUGGAACGAGACUCUCAAAUUCGCACAGCUUACUCUGGAGGACGAGGCGAUGAGUUUUUGGACCGAAGAAUCAUCAUGGCCGUCGGUCAUUGACGACUUUGUUGACUGGGUCAAAAAGGAAAAGCGCGGCGAUGUCCCAGAGGAGGUGAUGGAUGAAGAGUACUAGAAGCUUCGUCGUAUUCGCCGUCGCGAAUACAACGGUCUUAGGCUUUCUCAGUGCAUACUUUCUAUUGAUCAGCAUGGAGUUGCGGUAUAUGGCUUGAUUUGCUAUUAGGAUGGCUGGUGGCAGUUUAUGUUUCAGUGAGCAGCUUUACAUGAUGCAUGGUUACGACGUUCACAGGAGUACUACAUACCCUUGGACAGAUUUUGCGGCAUUGCAGCAAAGUUUAAGCAUCCACAUAGACUAGCUCAGCAUGAGUAAUUCAGGUGCCGAGUGCCUUUUCACAAU